UCUAGGAAAUUGCCGUACAUGGCAAGAGAGAUUUCGCAAUCGGCUCCCCUCCAUGUUCCAAACAAAAACACCAGGAGCUUCGACAGGCGGAAUUAAAGUACUAACUUUUGCCUCCACAUCGUCACUUCUGACCGACACGUCUCCCCUGUGUCGCCUCGUCAAGGCGCCGUCUUCCACUUUCUGUCGGCACUCGGAUACGAGAAGAGACUCGAGUCAGCGAGUAUCCAAAUGAGCCGGCCGUCGCAGCCGAAAGUCACAUCAUCGGACCACAACGGCGUGAGCGUCAUUCAAAGUCAGGCCCACGCCGCUGCCACCGCGCUGCUACAGCAGGUCCCCCAGCUAGUCCCCGCCCACCCAUCAUCCGCAGGCGGCAAGGCGGCCGCACCCAGCAAGAUGAAGAAGGCGACGGCGGACAAGGACAGCGAGGAGUACCGUCAGCGGCGCGAGCGCAACAACCUGGCGGUGAAGAAGAGUCGCAUGCGCAGCAAGCAGAAGGCCAUGGACACGCAGCAGCGCGUCAACCAGCUCAAAGAGGAGAACGAGCGUCUGGAGGCCAAGAUCAAGCUGCUCAGCAAGGAACUGAGCGUGCUCAAAGACCUCUUCUUGGAACACGCCCACAACCUGGCCGACAACGUCCAACCCCCCGCCUCCGCCCCAGAUGACACUAGCCCCGCCCCCAACGGUGGCCAGUGAGGCACUUUGAUUGGACCAGCAUCGCCCUCCCCCCUCUUUUGACUCAUACAGUUGCGUGACAUGAGGUCAAACAGAUGCUGACAUUGGCCAGUCAUGUGCCACUGAUUCGUCCAAUAGGAUGAGACACUGGAGCAGGAGGGCGGGGCCUCACCUGACAAUUUGUACACCUUUUCCAAACCAGUCGUCGCAAGAUACUUUUUUUUUUUUACGACGCCGCUGUGUGAUUGGACGCAGGCGUCACCUGACACUCAAACAUUCUAGUCUUCUACUUCCCGUGUUGUUAGCAUGGCUGUUGCUCGAUGUUUCGUACCAUUGUUUACCACCUGCGCUAACUUUAUGAGCAUGUGUUCAAACGUUAUUCGUUUAUUAGCAUGUUGAAAAUCACAGCUCAUGUUGUUUAUGAUAUUGACGUUUCCAAGCAUGUUCCCCCCGACAUCGUAUGUUUUUUGUUUUUGUUUUUUUGUCGCAACAUGACUCACGCCGCUAGCGUCUAGUCGACUUUGGGUGUGCUAGUGCGUGACAGCGCCCCCCGCAGCAGCAUGAUUAACGAAUGACAUGAAAGCUAGUUAGCUGCCGGCUAAUUAGCAUUGUGGGACCAACAUAGUCAAAGCCUGUUCAUCUUAUUUAUUUACUGAAUUGAAAAGUGACUUUUUAAUAAUUGCUUUUACUUGAUAUUUUCUGUGCUCUGAAUGAACAAAUGUUGGGUGCAUUUGAUUUUCGUAUCUCCAAAGAACACGGCGCCACCAUGUGGUCAGUCAUUGAGGACAUUUCUGCAUAUAUUGAUAAAAUGUCGGUUGCGUCUCUGAUUGGCGUCCAUAUUGUGUUGACUUUUUACGGGUGGGGAGUGUUAAACUGUCCAGCGGAUCAGUGAGUGCUGUUUUUUUUCCCGAAUGGACGUUGUAGUUGCUGUGUAUGUUUGUUAGCAUGUAAUAAUAAUAACAACAGAUUGACUGCUGAGCCCAUUAGUCAAUCAGUGGCCCGAGGGUAGACUGACAAACAUGGCUGCCAGUUCACGCCAACCACCAAAAAUGUAUUCACUGGAGGGAUGGGGUUGAGUGUCUCGAGGACAUGUCGUCAGGGUCAUCAGGGUCAUCCCCCCCCCCCCCCGGUUACCGGACGACUGGCUCCACCUCCCGACCCACUGCCGCCCCAUGUUCGGCUAACGUUACUGUUGUGUAUAUAUCACAGAAAGUCCCAAAAUGGAAGGAUUACAAUGACAAUUGUAUCCUAGCCAGUGUGUGUGGGGGGCUUCCUGUGGUUACAAGAUGCCGUCAGGACCCUAGUGACUAUGGCUCGCUUGCCAAUUUUACAAAAUAAAAAAAAACGUAAGCCUCUUUUUUUGACUCAUGCAAGGUCAUCAUCAUCAUCAUUUAGUGGAUGUUCCAGUUUCAUUAUUUCCAAGUUUGCUUAUUAGCAACAUGCUAAUUUUAAUCAUGCAAAUAUGAAAUAGCUAAAGACAUUUGUCAGAUGCAAAAAUGAAAUAAAGGCUGAUGACUGACUGCA